AGAUAUAAUCUUGAAUCCGUACAGUGAACACACACCGAUCGUCCUUAUCUUUUUUCUUAUCAAUCUCGCGAUAAAAAAAACCGUAGUAAAUGGUACCGUAUAUAAGCGAGUGAUAACCGUCAUUCAUUCGUUCGAAGUGACAAGUGCUAUUUUUUUAAAUGCUGACUAUGGAGGAAAAUUGUCGUCAUUUGACGACCAGUGACAACGAUGCAAGAUAUUCCGUACCUGAUAGUCCCUUAGACUUGAGAGGGUCCACAAUAGAAUCUCCAGAAGUUAAACAAGAAAAAGAGAAAUCGAAAAAAUCCAGUCAUCAACUCAUAAAACCUCCCUAUUCUUACAUAGCUUUAAUAACGAUGGCGAUAUUACAGUCACCUCAUAAAAAAUUAACUCUAAGCGGUAUAUGUGAAUUCAUAAUGUCAAGAUUCCAUUAUUAUAGAGAAAAAUUUCCAGCUUGGCAAAAUUCUAUCAGGCAUAAUCUUUCGUUGAAUGACUGUUUUAUUAAAAUUCCUAGAGAGCCGGGGAAUCCAGGAAAAGGAAAUUAUUGGACGCUGGAUCCUUUAGCGGAAGAUAUGUUCGACAACGGAAGCUUUUUAAGAAGAAGAAAAAGAUACAAAAGACCUUCACCGAAUAUUAUGUUACGCGAUCAUCACGCGUCGGCGAUGGUAGCUUCGUUUCUCUCAAGUCAAGAAAAUUAUCAUCACAGCAUUUUCAGCCAUACUAGUAUGCACAAUCCUUACCCUUAUAUUCCAGGAAUUCCAACAAAUCUCCCUACAAAUCUACCGUUGUUAAGUCCUAUAGAUUUAUCGAGAAUAAGUCUCAGUCAUCUUGGUUUGUUACCUCAGCCUACGAUCUGCAAACCGGUGCCUGUUCAACCGUCUAGUGUUACUACAGUUUCAGAAGAUUCAGAAGAAUACGGUACAACGGACAUUAAGAAAAUUAAACCAGGAUUUUCAAUAGACUCCAUUAUGGGGCAUGAAGGUAAUAGGAGCAAAAAUGAUAUGAGUCCUGACAUAACGCUUACAAAAAUUCACAACCAUGGAUCUGCGUUUUCUCCGUUAUCUUCUAGUGACGAUUGGACGAGGUGAAAUAUUCAAGAUUUUUUGUAAAGGUCCUGCAGCUAAAAUGAACACUUUCUACUAAAGCGCUUCCGUAUAGUCAAAUGGAGCAUUCACUGAAAAAUACUUCAUAGGUUACGUGGAGAAAUUGUUAAUUAAAGCAAAACAUACGACCAGAAAAUUGUUAAAAAUGUUUGGGAUCGUAAAAGAUUAUUUACACCAGUUAUGGAAUCAAUCAUUAAUCAUUUUCUUAUAAGAAAUGAAGUAAAAGAAAUCAUAAGAUAUUAAAAUUUUUAAAACUCGCUUUAUCACAAAAAUCUUCUGUUAGCUGCCACAUAGCAAAACGAGACCUAAUUGACCAGAUGCAAACAAAAUUGGUGAUAGAAUUUCAACGCCUCACAUAUUUUGGACGAUGGUUAUUAAGUUCUAUUAAAAUUCAUAUACAACCAAGAAAAAUUCGGUUAUUUUUAUGCCCGUGUUUUUUUGAAAUGUGCCAUAAUUUUGUGACGAUAUAUGCUAUUUUCAUAAUAUAGAAUCUUCUAUGUAAAUAAAAAUUAUUUCAUUGAAGAUAAUAUAUCCCAAGUGAUGAAGAAACAGUUGUUCUCAAAUAAGGAGUGAACUGGAUGUUUUCAGAAAUACAUCUUUACAUGUAUUCACUAAUGACUAUAGAAUGUACUUAUGAGUUUUUGUUUUUUCAUUCAUGUAAUUAUCCACAAUCUCCAAAAUUUUCUAAUGUCACGUUCAAAUACACUCUACUAUCUCUCUUUUUAAACGUAAUUACAUACGAGGUGUGAUCGAAAAUUGGUAAGUAUUGAAUAACUCUUUCUCAAAAUUACUUGCCCUUUGAUAGCAUUGAACCAAUAGCUUCGUGACUGAAAGCAUUUCUUUAAAUAUAUUCGAAAUACAAAUUUUUCCGGUGUUUUUUCCCAUAUUCCAGCCGGCAGCGCGCAAAAUCAUUUUUUUUUCUCAAAGGACUCUUCAAAAACUAUUUGUGCGCCAAAAAUCAUUAUUAUUGGUUUUAAUGAUAGGUUUAAGUAAAAUUUUGACUACAGCGACUGGACUAGGAAGUCAUAGUUCACGUUCUAUUGUGCCCAGUUCUUCAAGCUUCUAGUUAUUAUGUAAACCUAUUGUCCUGUGAUUUCACUGCUCCAUCUAUUCUGACACCAACUCUUUCUUUUUCCUUCUUUGUCGCUGCUCUAUAUUUCUAAGACGAUUAACCCUCAUUUUUCUUCCCCAGAAAUCCUAUUGAGACGGAAGCCUUAUAAAAAAUAAUAAAAAAAGUAAUUAACUGCAAUUUUCAUUACACCUCGUAUAUUCAAAAGCACUAGUAGGAACGCGAAAUUGCAAAUUUAAAAUUGCGAUAAUGUCACCAAUAUAAAAGUCGCAGAAAUGUUUUAUAUAAAUUUUAUUGAAUAUAAAUACGAGUAAUAACAAUUUAUAGUAUUGCCAAUUUUUCCAAUUUGGAAGUGUGGCAGCUAAAGAUGCCACAAAUAGUUUUAUCUCGUAAAGACCAAAGAUUUGCGAACUGUAAUGUGAUUUAGCUGUUGCAAUAUUUAUUGUUUAGAUGUAGAUUUGUAGAUAGUAGGAAAAUGAAAACUUUUCAAAUACCUCUGUAAAUCACCAAAUAAUCUCAUAAAAUAUUAGCAGAAAACUGUACAUUUUUCCACGGAAAUUCUGAGAAUAAAAUCGGGAGUAAAGAAUAGAAAACAAGUGUGCAAAGCUUUAAACCACUAAAACAUUUUUAACAUUAAAAAGAAAUUUGAAAUGUUUGUAGGUGAAAAUUCGAAUGAGAGGCUCUCACUAAAAAUUUAGUAAUUUUGUAGGUUUAGUUUUUGUUUGAAAAUCGUAUAAGUAAGUCGUUCUGAAAAGGGAGAAAAAUGUGUAUUAAGCUGUUACUAAAUUUGUUCACAAUAGGCAUUUUGCCCAAAUAAAUGAAGAAAAUAGAAACUGUGUACGGAGACUCUUCACCACACUGACGAAGAGCAUUUGGAGGGGCCAAAAAUUGUGACAACUAACGAUAUCAUCGAAACUAGCUGAAGAAUUAUACAUAAGGCUCGUUUGGCACCGCGUUUGCUCACUUUGAACCGAAAGUUCAUUAGAAUGAACAUUUCUCAUGUCUUAUUGACGCAGUUGAAGCAAAAUGAUAUACGAUUUUUUACAUCGAUUCAUAACUGCAGAUUAAUUUUUAAUCCAACACUACACUUUUGAAACAGUCAAAAUAGUGGAUUGCAAAGACUGGAAGUGACAUCUGUUCACCAGAUCUGGUCCCUCUGACUGUUUUUUUUUCUGUUUUCUUACCUAAAGCUUCACUUGCAGAAGAGAAAGUUUUCUCGGUCGAGAAAAGCGACAACUUUUAUUUAAAAAGGUUAGAAGGGUUCAAAAGUUUUGCUAGACUUAGUGUAUAGACUUAAAGGGUGAAAAAUGAAAAUGAUUAUAAAAAAAAUCUUGUUUCUUCGUUAGGUUCGUAUAUGAUACCUUGAGUUACACAAAAUACUUCCACGUUUUGGAAAGAUUAUAAGUAAUUAGCAGCCGACUCUAUUUUCAAAGUUAUGUUCAUGAAAUUCCUAAAAUUGUAUUUAAUAGAUUUUACUUAGCCAUUAAUCAGUUCAGUGGACAUUAUCGUCCAGAUCUUCAAGAUGAGCAAAAUGAUGAAAUAUACAAAAUUAACUUAAUGUAUGCAAUAUUCAGAUAAAAAAGAUUUUUAGUUCCAUAUUUCUCAUCAAGUUACCCCAUUGGAAAUAUACCAAGACAACAUUUGAAUAUCUAUUCGUAUAUGUAAAUUGAAACAGGUUUUGUAUCGAUGUGCUAUUGAAAUACUUACAUUGAUUAGCUGCACCUACAGUUAAAUAUGAGAUUGUAAAUCUCCAAAUGGUAAGGGAGGAUCUCAUACCAAAAGAUCUCUAUAAGAAUGUAUAUUCCUGAAUUGUUAUUUCUAAACACCUCACUUUGCUGGCGCGACUUUGCUGAUGUGGAAGAAAUUAUUUGGUGAUUUAAAACAAUUUUAUAUACUGUGUAUAGAAAAUAAAUUGAAUGUAUAAACACACUUAGUUGAAUAAGUUAAAAGGCGUCGUAUUAACUUGUACAUAAUAUUGCAAAUUACAAAUUGUACAGUGUAGAUAUAAGAUUUCAACAAUUCUCCUUCCAUACUAUGUAUAGACUAGUGAAGCUGUAACAAUAUUAUUCAACAUAUUUGUCUUAUUUUUAAAAAAUGUAUAGAUUCGAAAAAUUUGAUUUGUUUCAUAAUGAAAUGUACUUAGUUAUCAUGAAAAAUAUUAUAAUGAACUGAUUGACACUUUAUUUGAUAUUUUUAUCUGUUUUGAUUACGACAUAAAGAAUACCGAUAUGU